AUGACGGCCACCAAGAUUGAUGGCACUGCCAUUGCGAAGAAGAUCCGUGAGAAGCUUCAUGCCGAAAUCGUCGAGACCCAGAAGACCAAUCCAAGAUACAAGCCUUCCCUCAAGAUCAUCCAAGUCGGCGAUAGAUCAGACUCGACAACCUAUGUUCGCAUGAAAUUAAAGGCAGCCCAUGAGGCAAGCAUCGACUGCGAACUCCUCCAUUACCCCGAUACGGUCACCGAAGCCGAACUUGUCGAAGAGAUUACCCGUCUGAACUAUGAUCCAACGGUCCACGGCAUUCUUGUCCAGCUUCCAAUUCCUGGACACAUCUCCGAAUAUGAAGUGACCUCGGCUGUUGCAGAUGAGAAGGACGUUGAUGGUUUUGGUGCGAACAACAUUGGAGAGCUUGCCAAACGUGGGGGCCGACCUCUUUUCACCCCUUGUACGCCCAAGGGUGUCAUGGUCUUGUUACAAGAAAGUGGCGUAAACCUCAAGGGAAAGAAUGCUGUGGUUCUGGGGCGCAGUGAUAUUGUAGGAAGCCCCGUCAGCUAUCUCCUGAAGAACGCCGAUGCAACAGUCACCGUGUGCCACUCCAAAACCGAGGGACUGGAAGAUUACAUUAAGCAAGCAGACGUCUUAGUGGCAGCCAUUGGGAAACCAAGCUUUGUCAAAGGGGAGUGGCUGAAGCCGGGCGCUGUCGUUAUCGACGUGGGGACCAAUUACCUACUUGACGAAACCAAGAAGUCGGGCCAGAGACUUGUCGGUGAUGUUGACUUUGCGUCCGCUUCCGAAGUGGCCUCACAUAUCACUCCAGUUCCCGGUGGAGUUGGGCCAAUGACUGUCGCCAUGCUUCUGCAGAAUGUUGUAGACUCGGCAACGAUGUACUUUGAGCGACAAAAGGCUCGGGCUAUUCUGCCCCUACCUCUCAAGUUGCAGAGUCCCGUCCCCUCAGAUAUUGCCAUUUCCCGAGCUCAACAUCCAAAGCAGAUCACCCGUGUUGCCAAGGAAGUUGGGAUUGCUGGCCAUGAGCUGGAGCCAUAUGGUGCUUAUAAGGCCAAGGUAGAUCUGGGCCUACUCAAGCGCCUUGAGCACCGCCGCAAUGGACGAUAUGUUGUUGUCACUGGCAUCACACCCACGCCGCUCGGUGAGGGCAAAUCAACAACGACCAUGGGAAUCACACAAGCAAUCGGAGCCCACUUGAACCGAAUUGCAUUUGCAAAUGUUCGCCAGCCGAGUCAAGGACCAACCUUUGGAAUUAAGGGAGGGGCUGCUGGAGGAGGCUACAGUCAAGUGAUUCCGAUGGAUGAAUUCAAUCUCCAUCUAACGGGUGAUAUUCAUGCGAUUACUGCUGCAAACAAUCUCCUAGCAGCUGCUAUUGAGACCAGGAUGUUCCACGAGAACACUCAGAAAGACGCAGCUCUUUACAAGCGUCUUGUGCCUGCCAAGAAGGGCAAGCGCGAGUUCCAGCCGAUCAUGUUUCGACGUCUGAAGAAGCUUGGGAUCACGAAGACGAACCCUGAUGAGCUCACGGAGGACGAGAUUCAUCGGUUCGCCCGACUAGACAUUGAUCCAUCUACCAUUACUUGGAGGCGAGUGCUUGAUGUCAAUGACCGCCAUUUGAGAGGUAUCACUAUUGGUACUGCUCCCACUGAGAAGGGACAGACCCGGGAGACCGGGUUUGAUAUUUCUGUGGCCAGCGAGUGUAUGGCUAUCCUUGCUCUUAGCAACGAUCUCGAUGAUAUGAGAGAACGCUUGGGUAGGAUGGUUAUCGGAUCUUCUAAGAGUGGUGAUCCUGUUACCUGCGACGACCUUGGAGCGGGUGGUGCACUUACAGCCCUGAUGAAAGAUGCCAUCAAGCCCAAUUUGAUGCAGACUUUGGAAGGAACUCCUGUGUUCGUUCACGCUGGCCCUUUCGCAAACAUUAGUAUUGGUGCUAGUUCAGUAUUGGCUGACAAACUUGCUCUGAAGCUUGCUGGUACUGAAGCUGAUGAGGACCACAGCACGAAGGCCGGAUUUGUUAUCACUGAGGCCGGCUUCGACUUCACUAUGGGAGGAGAGCGAUUCUUCAACAUCAAAUGCAGGUCUUCAGGACUCAUCCCUGAUGUUGUCGUUAUUGUGGCUACUGUCAGAGCACUCAAGGUUCAUGGUGGCGGGCCUCCUAUUGCUCCUGGUGCACCCCUCCACCAAGUCUACCGAGAAGAGAACGUUGAGAUCCUUCGAAAGGGUUGUGUUAAUCUGAGGAAGCAUAUCUCCAACGCUAGAUCUUUUGGCGUGCCAGUCGUCGUUGCUAUCAACAAAUUCGAGACUGACACCGCGGCUGAAAUCGAGGUCAUCCGAGAGGAGGCUAUCGCUGCCGGUGCUGAAGAUGCGAUCCCAGCCAACCACUGGGCUGAAGGUGGAAAGGGAGCUGUCGACCUCGCCAAGGGUGUCAUUGCAGCAAGUGAGAAAGAGAAGAACUUCAAGCUUCUGUAUACUCUGGAUGGAGAUGUCCAGACCCGCAUUGAGGCUAUUGGCAAGCAAAUGUAUGGAGCUGCUAAGGUUGAAUUCAGCGAGAUUUCGCAGAAAAAGGUGGAUACGUAUACGAAACAGGGCUUUGGCAAUUUGCCAAUCUGCAUUGCUAAGACGCAAUACUCACUUUCUCAUGAUCCGGAUCUCAAGGGAGCCCCAACUGGCUUCACUGUUCCGAUCAGAGAUGUGCGACUGGCUGCUGGUGCUGGCUAUCUUUAUGCUUUGGCUGCCGAUAUCCAGACCAUCCCAGGUCUACCCACAGCUCCAGGCUAUCUCAAUGUCGACGUAGAUACUGAGACUGGAGAAAUCGAUGGUCUCUUCUAG